GGCCCCAUUGGAUCAGGCGCGGGCUUGGCCCGCCCCCCGCUCGCGAAGUGUCGGCGUGCUCGCGCCCGCACGCGCCUGGGGACUCGCUCUCCCACGGGCUACCCGCUUCUCCGCCCCACGAUGUCGCGCCGCAAGCCUGCGUCGGGCGGUGUGGCUGCUGUGGGCCCGGCACCCGGGAGGCAAGCCGUUUUAAGCCGGUUCUUCCAGCCUGCGAGAAGCCUGAAAUCUACCUCGUCCCCCACCGGCGCCGCCGAGCAGGCAGACCCUGCUUCCACAGCGCCCCCCGCGUCCGCCGCGCCCCCUACGUCAGCGGCGCCGAAGGCUGCAAAAGCUGACAGAAGGAAGAAGAGACCGGCAGAGCCUGCUGCGCCUCCUAAGAAGAAGUCGAGGAAGGCCCAGGAACAGGAGAGCGGAGGGGGCCCAGCUCUGUCUGGCGGCCCUGAGCCAAAGCGAUGUCUGAGGACCGGAAUUGCUUUACAGUCUCUGGAAAAACUGAAAGAAUUCUGCUGUGAUUCUGCCCUCCCUCAAAAUAGAGCCCAGACAGAGCCUCGUCAAGGGAGAUUCGAAGUUCUGCCGAAAUGCACUGAUUUUGAGGACAUCACUCUUCAGCGUGCUAAGAAUGCUGUUUGUUCUGAAGAUUCCAGAUCUCAAAGUAGUCAAAAGGACAGCGCGUUUGGGAGUCCCGAGAGUUCCCGGAAGCCUCCUGACCCGAAAGCAGCCGGCAAGCGCUCGGAGCGCGUCUACACGCCGCUGGAGCUGCAGUACCUGGAGGUGAAGCGGCAGCACCCAGACGCGGUUCUGUGCGUGGAGUGUGGGUACAAGUACAGAUUCUUCGGGGAAGACGCAGAGAUCGCUGCCCGGGAGCUCAAUAUCUACUGCCACCUGGACCACAGCUUCAUGACGGCCAGCGUCCCCACGCACAGGCUCUUCGUGCACGUGCGCCGCCUGGUGGCCAAGGGCUACAAGGUGGGGGUUGUGAAGCAGACGGAGACGGCAGCCCUGAAGGCGGCUGGCGAGAACAGAGGCUCCGUGUUUGCGCGGAAGUUGACUGCUCUGUACACCAAGUCCACGCUCAUUGGGGAAGAUGUGAACCCUCUAGUCAAGCUGGACGAUGCCGUCAGUGUGGAUGAGAUAACGACCGACACCUCCACUGGGUAUCUCCUGUGCAUCUGCGAAGACAAGGAAGGCGUUAAGGACAGGGAGAGGGGCAGCGUUUCCAUGGGCCUGGUGGCUGUGCAGCCCGCCACCGGGGAGGUGCUGCUGGACGGCUUCUGCGACGCGGCGCCCCGCCUGGAGCUGGAGACGCGGGUGCGCAGCCUGCAGCCCGCCGAGCUGCUGCUCCCCCAGUGCCUGUCGGAGCCCACCGAGGCGCUGGUGCGCAGAGCCGCCACCGCAGGUGUGCGGGAUGACAGGAUUCGCGUGGAGAGGAUGGAUAACGUUUAUUUUGAGCAUAGCCAUGCUUUCCAGGUGGUCACAGAGUUCUACGCAAAGGACCCAGUGGAUGUCCGAGGGUCUCAAAGUUUUUCAGACAUCAUUAAUUUGGAGAAACCUGUGAUUUGCUGUUUGGCUGCCAUAAUAAGAUACCUCAAGGAGUUCAACUUGGAAAAAAUACUUUCUAAACCUGAGAAUUUUAAACAGCUGUCGAGUGAGAUGGUGUUUAUGACGAUGAACGGAACAACCCUGAGGAAUCUGGAGAUCCUGCAGAAUCAGACUGACGGGAAGAAAAGAGGAAGUUUGCUGUGGGUGUUAGACCACACAAAAACUGCGUUCGGGAGACGGGAGCUCAAGAAGUGGGUGACCCAGCCACUGCUUAAAUUAAGUGAGAUCAACGCCCGACUCGACGCUGUCUCCGAAGUGCUACACUCAGAGUCCAGUGUGUUUGGUCAGCUCGAAAGCCAGCUGCAGAAGCUGCCCGACAUCGAGAGAGGACUCGGCAGCAUUUACCACAAAAAAUGUUCCACCCAGGAGUUCUUCUUGAUCGUCAAAACCCUCUAUCACCUGAAGUCCGAGUUACAAGCAUUGAUGCCCGUGGUGAAUUCGCAUGUACAGUCCGACUUGCUCCAGAAGUGUAUUUUAGAAAUCCCUGAGCUGCUUGGUCCUGUGGAACACUAUUUAAAGAUACUUAACGAACCAGCUGCCAAGAUUGGGGAUAAAACUGAAUUAUUCAAAGAUCUUUCUGACUUCCCUUUAAUAAAAAAGAGGAAGGAUGAAAUUCAAGAAGUCAUUGUCAAGAUCCAAACACAUUUGCAAGAAAUACGAAAAAUACUAAAAAACCCUUCAGCACAAUAUGUGACCGUUUCAGGACAGGAGUUCAUGAUUGAAGUGAAGAACACCGCAGUGUCUUGCAUCCCUGCUGACUGGGUUAAGGUUGGAAGCACGAAGGCUGUGAGCCGCUUCCACUCCCCGCUGGUCGUGGAGAACUACAGACGCCUGCAGCAGCUCCGUGAGCAGCUCGUCCUUGACUGCAGUGCCGAGUGGCUCGGCUUUCUCACGAGCUUCAGUGAACAUUAUCACUGUCUGUGCAAAGCGGUACGUCACCUAGCAACCGUUGAUUGUAUUUUCUCCCUGGCCAAGGUCGCUAAGCAAGGAGAUUACUGCAGGCCAACCGUAAAAGAAGAAAGGAAAAUCAUAAUAAAGAAUGGAAGGCACCCCGUGAUUGACGUGCUGCUGGGAGAACACGAUCAGUACGUCCCCAACGGCACCAGUCUGUCAGGGGACUCGGAGAGAGUCAUGAUCAUCACUGGCCCCAACAUGGGUGGGAAGAGCUCCUACAUCAAGCAGGUGGCCCUGAUCACCCUCAUGGCCCAGGUGGGCUCCUACGUCCCUGCGGAGGAGGCGACCAUCGGCAUCGUGGACGGCAUUUACACGAGGAUGGGUGCUGCGGACAAUAUCUACCAAGGACGGAGCACCUUUAUGGAAGAACUGACGGACACUGCAGAAAUCAUCCGGAAGGCGACCCCGCGCUCCCUGGUGAUCCUGGACGAGCUGGGCAGAGGGACGAGCACGCACGACGGGAUCGCCAUCGCCUACGCCACCCUGGAGUACUUCAUCAGAGACGUGAAAUCCUUGACCCUGUUCGUCACCCACUACCCCCCAGUGUGCGAGCUGGAAAGGAGCUACCCGGGGCAGGUGGGGAAUUACCACAUGGGCUUCCUGGUGACCGAGGAGGAGGACGAGGCGGAGCCAGGCAAAGAGAGAGUCCCUGAUUUUGUCACGUUUCUCUAUCAAAUAACCAGAGGAAUUGCAGCGAGGAGCUAUGGCCUAAAUGUGGCUAAGCUGGCAGAUGUUCCCGGAGAAAUCCUGAAGAAAGCCGCUGUCAAGUCCAAAGAGCUGGAAGGAUUAGUAAACAUGAAAAGGAAAAGGCUGAAGUCUUUUGUGAAGUUAUGGACGACAUGUAGCGCAGACGACCUGCAGGAGUGGAUGGCCGAGCUGGGAGCAGAAGAAACACAGACGCCUUCUCCCGACUGACGUGCAAACUGCACUUCCGGAGAAGCACUGCGCCCGAGUGAGCGCUGCUCGGGGCUGGUGGCUCCCUUGGGAAGCAGCUUUCUUCCUUUUGUGGAGGAAAUGAUGCUCGGUUCCUUCCCCUCCGCCUUCUCCCGUAUCCAGGCUGCCACGGUGACGGGGACUCCCCUGGCCAGUGGGUCUCACAAGUGGAAACCGUUUUAGUAGAGCCCAAAGUGGUGGCUGCAGUACAUGCACCCUUGACAGGGACGUGGUUGAACUUCUGUUCCAUGUGCGCUGAGAGAAUGUCAAAAGCCACUAACUUAUUCAUCAUGUGCAUAAGAAUUUUUAUAAAAAUAGAAUCAUGAAGCUUUUAGAAACCAGUGCCCGGGAGGAAUGAGGUCCUAUGAAAUGUGAAGAGUCAAACAUGGCUCUAGUGUGAAGCGGUUCGAAUACUGUUGGAUGGAAUGAUUUUGGCACUCUUUGAAGUAAUAAAUAUUUAACGCACACUCGC